UCUGACUCAGGCAGAAGUUCCAAGGCAGUGAGGAAGUCAUUUCAUUGGCACUUGAGUCGCAAAGAAGUCAAGAUGGCUGAAGUUCCAAACCUGUUUGAAGACCUGAAGAGCUGUUACAGUGAAAAUGAAGAAUAUGCUUCUGCCAUUGACCGUUUCUCUCUGAAUCAGAAAUCCUUCUAUGAUACAAGCUAUGGACCACUUGAUGAAAACUGCAUGAAUAAAUCUGUGUCUCUGAGUACCCUUCAAACCUCUGAAGUAUCUGAGCUUUCCUUCAAGGAGAACUUGGUGGUGGUAUCAACAUCAGCCCACAGGAAGGUUCUGAAGAAGAGACGGCUGAGUUUAAACCAAACCAUCACUAAUGAAGACCUGGAAGCCAUCAUCAAUGGUCCAGAAGAAGAAAUCAUCAAGCCGCGGUCAGCACCUCACAUCUUCCAAAGCAAUGUGAAAUACAAAUACAUGAGGAUUCUCAGGAAGGAAUUCGUCCUAAAUGAUUCCAUUCAUCAAAGUGUAACUCUAGAUGCAACAGGUCAAUACCUCAAGGCUGUUGCCUUAACUGACCUGAGCCAUGAAGUGAAAUUUGACAUGGGUGGCUACAUAUCAGCAACAGAUGACAAUACAAAUCCUGUGACUUUAAGAAUCUCAAAAACCCGACUGUUUGUGAGUGCCCAGGAAGAAGACCAGCCGGUGUUGCUAAAGGAGAUGCCUGAGACACCAAAAAUCAUCACAGGUAACGAGCUCAACCUGCUCUUCCUCUGGGAAAAUGAAAGAGGUCAUAACUUCUUCAGGUCGGCUGCCAAUUCAGAGCUGCUCAUUGCCACAAAGGAAGACAGUCUAGUGCACAUGGCCAGGGGAUCAUCCUCCAUGACAGACUUUCAAAUAUCCUAAAACCAGCCAUGGCUCUGGAUGUACCAUAUUAGUCUGUAUGUACCAUGUACAUGAAGAAGUCAAACUCGUUACUCUUACUCAUUUGCUGAGCAUGUGCUGAGCCUUUGUAAUUCUAAAUGAAUGUUUACCCUCUUUGUAAGAGAAGGGAAUAUCUAAUAGAACCAACAUUAACAUAUAAUGCUAUUUGUUAUUUAAAGAACACCCUAUACUUUGCACAGUACCAAUCAUUUUAAUUAUCAUUCUUCAUAACAUUCAUAGGAGGACCAGGGCUACUGACUGCAGUGUCAAAAAGACUCUACUCUUAUUACAGACAGGUUGGCCAAGGCAUAAGAAAACUAAAAUAUAUACAAAUAGCAGUUGGAAUGAGAAGCCAUAGGCCUAGGAUUUUACUCCAACUUUGUGCCUUUGCUUCUAAAUUACUGACAGACUUUUUAUCAUUUUCAAAAUGGAGAAAAUGAUACCUAUAUCAUUCUCAGUGUUUUUUUAUAUCAAAAGGUAAGGUCAUUUUAGUCAAAUAACUCUUGAAGCUGACCCUCAAGAAGACAGACACAUGUUAUUUUUAAGUUAUUUAUAUUGUAUUUAUUAACAUAUUUAAGAUAAUUAUAUUAUUAUAUUUAUGGAAGCUCUUUGCAUCCUCUAUGUGUGACCAGACAUGCUCAACAACAGUAAAGUUUCUAGUCUAAUUGAAUUAGAUGGAGUACAACAUAGCACUUAUGUCUAAAUAGUGCUUUCUCCAUAGUCAUGAAAUUCUGCAUUCUAGUACUUAAGAGCCCUAUAACCAUGACAAUAAAUUUAUAUUAAUUAUUUUGUUUGUUUGAGAUGAUAAUUGAACCAAUAUUUCAUUCUUGCCUUGGUAUUCUUAUGUUGUUCAACUUCUUAUAUAAUUAAAUCCAACUAACUAAAAUGGGAGGAGUUUAACUUUGGCAAU